GUCCGCCUCGCAUAUUCUGGUGCUGCCACGUGUGCAUUUAAUUUUCACAUGACCUCCGUCCUCAAAUUAAUUACAAUAUUUAUUUCACUACAACUAACACGGGUGUCCGAAUACCACAGAUAAUAAUUACUAUUUGUCUUCAGAUUUGAAUGAAUUUAAUCACCAUAUGGUUAUUACUGCCCUGACUACCCACGCACCCACCCACGCACCCCCAUAAAUAUAAUCUGUUCUUCAAUUUCCCAUAAACAAGUAGUUGACGGAAAAUUUGAAAAUGGAUUUGGACUCCACCACUUCCACCAAGAGCCGCGCCGAUGAAACUGAGAUUGAUACCCCGCCGCAGCCGGCGAAGCAUCUGCCCUUCACCAACGGCGGCGCUUUCAAAAGCUACACCCAACCGCCGCCGGCGACGGCGUACAAAGAAUGUAUGAAGAAUCACGCCGCUUCCAUCGGCGGCCACGCCGUCGACGGCUGCGGUGAAUUUAUGCCGUCUCCCUCCGCCACCGCCAGUGACCCCACUUCGCUAAAAUGCGCCGCCUGCGGCUGCCACCGCAAUUUUCACCGCCGGGAAACUGGUUCCCCAAGAGCUGCUAUCACGCCGCCGUUCCUGGAUUUCCGGCACCCUCCGAAGAGGUUUUCCCUUUCUCCCUCCCCACCGCCGAAUCCUCCUCCUCCGCCUCCUCCGGCGGCGGCGGCGCCGAUCUCGUACGCGCCGCACGCGUUGUUCGGGCUGAGCGCGGAGGAGCUCCACCAGGCGCCGGUGACUCCGACGACGGAGAAUCCGGUCUGCCGGAAGCGGUUCCGGACGAAAUUCAGCCAGGAGCAGAAGCAGAAAAUGCACUCCUUCUCGGAGAAGAAUGGGUGGAAAAUGCAGAAAUCCGACGAGUCCGCGGUGGCGGAAUUCUGCCGGGAAAUUGGUGUGAGCAAAGGAGUUCUUAAGGUGUGGAUGCACAACAACAAGAACACCUUCGGGAAGAAGGAAUCCAACGGCACCAAAUCCAACGACGAAUCCAACGGCGGCAGAUCAAAAAGCGAAGAAACCCAGAUUGAUCACAGCCGUCAUUUCCACAACAAUUACGAAAACAGCAGCAGCAAUGGAAUCCAUUUUCAGAGCUCCAAUCAUUCCAGGGCUUCUUCUUCACCCUGACAACCCACUUCAUUUUUGCACUUCUGCUAUUAAAUUAUAUAUACUUAAUGAAAUUAAAUUUAGAUUAACACUAGUUCAUUUUCAUUCUUCUUCCAUCAAUAUUAUUAUUAUUGCCUUACUUUUUUUUCGUGAGUAUAAAAUUAAAAGUAUUCUAUUCAAGAUAUGAUUUUUAUCCAUGUUUUCCUUUCUGCUAGUUAAGAUGAGAUAACUAUGAAUUUUUUUUUGUACAUGUGGCUUUAUAGGGUUUAAUGAUUCAUCAUAUUUGGGUUGUUGGCGUA